GCGUUGAGAGGCUGCGUUUACAGUGGCAAGUGCAGCGCCCGAGUCGCGAUGUGCCAACAAACAACGCAUGGUAGUCAAUGACCCUUAAAGACAUUGAGUGUUAUUUCUCGUACGCGGGAGGGGAACUGAGGCAUCGCGUCUCGUUCCUCGUUAGCGAUGAUCUCCCAAUGGACAUCUUGUUAGGUACCGCAGCUACGGCCAGUGUGAUCAAGACAUCAGCACACAGGUCCUACUUUUCUAACUGGGACCAGAGGAUUCUCGCACUCGAGAAUCAAGGCUCUACUAUUGACCGCAAGGUUGAUAAGCUGCCAGCUAACCUUGAUUUCCUGAUUGCGAGUGUCAACAGCAUUCUGCAGCAUGUGAAGCUUCCUGCCCCUUCUCCCAAACCUUCUCAACUUCCCCCAGCGCAUCAUACACCACCUCACAGUCGUCCAGCUUCACCUGCUGGUUCCCAUGUAUCCACCCCCUCUGGUGCUUCUAGUACAUCUGUUCAGCGAGGGCCCAAGCUGACUCCACCUCCUAUGUAUUCUGGGGAAGACCCCAAGGUGGAUGUGUCAGACUGGGUCACCGCUAUGCAAGCAUACCUGGGCAGCUUCACAUGCCCAAAAGCAACCAAGCUGGGGGUGGCAGGGUUGCUGAAGGCUCUGCAAGACCGGUUUGCUGACAGGGAGCAGGCCCGCAAAGCAGCUGAUAAAAUUAUGCUGCUGGGGUCUCACAGAUUUGAGGGCUCUCUGUCCAAGCUCUACAGUUUAUUUGAGAGCUUGACAUUGACACCUUGUCUGGAGAUGAGUGAGUCUGACCAACUCACUCAUUUCCUGCGUGCAGCGCCUCCAGACUACUCUAUUGCAUUGUAUGCUCAGGGCCAUAAGGACUGGAGGUCCUUCGACAAAGCGGCACUGGACCUAGAGUCUCGACUCAAGGUUCAGACUCCUUCUGAAGGAAGGAAGAGGCCUACCUCCCAGGGACAGCGCAGGAGGAAAGGCGCUCUGUUGGCUGCUGAUGUAGGUUCUGAUUCUGAUGCAUCUCAACGUGGCAGUCCUCCAUCUGAGACUGCAUCAGGAUCAGCAGUUGAGGCAGCCGUUCUUGCCCUGGGUACCGCGCAGAGUCCCCCAGCUAUGGCGCCAGGUAAGUUUCCCGCUACAGGUACGAGAAGGAUGUUCUGUCUCUAUGCGGCCAGGAUGCUCUUCCUCACGCACGUCAAAAGAUUGACAAUGGAUGAAGAAGACAAUAUGUGUCCAGGCAGUGUUCCUGUCUCCCUUAGCAAGCUUUGACAAUAGUGGAAUUGGUCUUGACUGACAUCGAGUGCAUUGGACAUGGCCGCAUUCCUGAUUUGCAUAAUGAUUGAAUAGGAAGGGAUGAUAGUUGGCGGUCCCUGGAUGAGAAAUGGAAGCUUUGUGCAUUCUGGGUUUGCUUAUGUGAUGACUGCAUCUCAAGCAACGGGGGAGUCUAUGACGUGUACCACAGGCAAUGAUGGUGCAAUGGCAUUCAGGAGGUGACCCAAGGAAUCUAUUGUCUUAUCUAUUGCCUAAUGUGAGUGGUCCAGAUCUUGCUCUGUGAAGACUGCAACGUCAGCCAUUGAAUCUCUUGAACAGGUUGGCAUGGGUUUUCUGGACAAUCUUGGCUAUGAUGGUCUUUGGGCAGGUGGAUGCCCUUGGAGGCCCCAUGGAUCAGUUGUGUGCUGCGCUGGCCCUGAAUUAUGGUUUAAGUCUUGACAUAAAUGCUUUAUAUGAUGAAAAACUAGGAUAAGAUGAUGUUGAGUUUCUACAGGAUGUCACUUCCAAAUGUGGUAGGUGUGUGCCAUUCCAAAGCUUCAUGGAGGAAGAGGUGAAGUCAUGUGCGGCCUCUGGUUUGAGGAAAGACACUCUCUCCAGCUUCUCCACGAACUUCCAUGAUGAGCUUGGUUUAAUGUAGCGUGCACAGCAGGGCACCCCUGGUAGCAUCUUGGGAACAGAGGGCAUCGGCGGAAAAAGCUGAUCAAAGAAUGGGCAGGACUUUGAUGCACUGUGGGAUGGCAGAUGAUGGACUGGAAGAAACCGAACUCGUCCGAUGAAGCUUACAUCUGGAGGACUUCGUAUGUCCCUGAGGUCUCAUCCAUUCAAUGAGAUUGGUUUAUCUUUGAAAAGUUCACGAACGGCUGGCUCAUAGUCUAUGGUGUGGAAUAGCUGUAUCUGUCUAUGGCGCUCAUGGGCUCCAGUUCAACAAAUUACAUUAUUAUUGUAUCGCCAUGAUUGUUCACCAUCUUUACCUCUCAUUAUCGUGUGUGGUCUCUUCCACUCUAAUCCAUCUACAUCUGGAGGCUCUCCUUUAUGCACGAAGAAAUCUCCAUAUGCCAGAUGGCCAUAUGAUGGGAAGCCAGCAUGUGGAUCAUUUACUACUACUCUUGGCUUCUCAUGCUUCUUGGUGUGUUUGGCUCGUAUGUAAAGGGCCCUUGGAUACAGUCCUUGUUGCCUCGCAUUUGGACUUAGCCUAGAAAGGGCUUGAUUUUUUCAAGCCAUGCUCCAUUCCAAGAAAUCAAAUAGAAGGCCCUUCAUGCUGCACACCUCACUCGUUGAUAUCUGCUGGUCCAUAUCCAGUGACCAUUACUGGCAAUUGAAUGGGGACUGAUGGGUAGUUACAGAUGGUGGAUGGAACAGGGGACAUGCCAUGUGCUGCAGAUUUGUUUGUAUCUAGAGUCUGAUUGCAAGCCACUGGAUAGCUUGAAUGCACAGCAAAUGGCAAGAAUGAUUGAAUGCAGGUUAAAUGACCAUGUGUUCACCGGGCAUACAUGUACUGUUUGAGCAUUUGCAGUGCCAUCUUCACCAAUUUGCUCAUGAACUCCCUUCUUGGUUGUUGUUCUUUUAUCUUUCUUCUCGAGUUGACAAUCUCGUGCCGGUAUGAGCUAUUUUUUCUGCCAUGCUUUGAAAAGAGGUAAGGUUCAUCCAGGGAGGAUCAAGAUAAGUGAUGGGACGUGUGGUAUGGAGUAGUAUUGAUACGCCACACUUAUUGCUAAGUUCUACUGCAUUGACAUGCUGAAUUGCUGCCACAAGUUGGCUGAUCACUAAUAAGGGCCUAUGGUUUAGGGUGUAUGCAGGAGGUAGCGUGGGAUGAGGAGAAGGUUUGGGAGGCAGGAGUGGAGGAAAAGGGUGAUGCAGGGAAAUUGGACUUUUUCUGAAGGAUGUGUGGAGUGUAUCUUCUGGUCGAACAUAAAUGUAGCUCGUGGGGACUGCAGAUGGGAUCAACAUACGGAGAAAGAGUCUCAAUUUACAGGU